AUGACUACCAAGCCUGCCCCCAAGACUCCCAUCGACCCCCAGGCUGCUGGUCCUAUGCUUCGUUACCAAAAGAACCUUCCCAAGUUGCCAGUCCCCCCUUUGGCUGCUACCAUGCAAAAGUACCUUCAAAGCGUUCGUCCUUUGUUGAACGAUGCUGAUUACGAAAAGACUGUACAGGCUGUUCAAGAGUUCCAAACUAAGGGUGGUGUUGGAGAGAAGCUUCAAGAACGUUUGAUGGCACGUGCCAAUGACCCUAGUAUUGUGAACUGGAUGGAGGACUGGUGGUUGGAUCAGGCAUAUAUGGGUUACCGUGACCCUAUUGUCAUCUAUGUCAGCUACUUCUUUGGUUAUAAGGAUGAUAAGCUUAGACGCACCCCUGCUAAGCGUGCUGCUGCUAUCACCACUGCUGCUUUGGAGUUCAAGCGCCAAAUUGUCGAGUGCAAUCUCGAGCCCGAGUAUGCUAAGGGUGAGCCCAUGUGCAUGGACUCUUACAAGUAUAUGUUCAACAACUGCCGUAUUCCUGUCAAGCCUUCUGAUGUUGAAGAGUCCUAUGACCCCAUCAAGAACACUCACAUCGUCGUUGCUCGCAACAACAAGUUCUACAUUGUUGACACCGUUCACAACGGUAAGCAGCUUUCCACCACCGAGCUCGAGGCUCAAUUUGCUCGCAUCAUUGAGGAGGCUCGUGGUUCCAAGGCCCUUCCUAUUGGUGUUUUGACCACCGAGAAUCGUGAUAAUUGGACUGACUAUCGCGAAACCUUGAUUGCUGCUCAUCCCGAGAACAAGGAGUUGUUGAAGCAGAUUGAGACCUCUUCUUUCAUGGUCUGCUUGGAUGACUCUUCUCCUGUCACCCGUGAUGAACUCUCUCGUGCUUGCUGGCACGGUGACGGUCGCAACCGUUUCUUCGACAAGCCCUGUCAAUUUAUUGUCUUUGAGAACGGCAAGGCUGGUUUCAACGGCGAGCACUCCUCCAUGGACGGUACCAACACCGCUCGUUUGAACGACUUCGUCUGCACUAACUUGCUUCGCAACAAGAUCGACCACGGCAGCGAAUCCGUUCGAUCAGACCUUCCUGCUCCUCAGGUUCUCAACUUCCACAUCAACGACAAGGUCGAGCAAGCUGUUAGCAAGGCUGAGUCUAACUUUGACCAAUUGAUUGCCAAGCAUGACCUCACUGUCCUCGCCUACCAAGCCUUUGGCAAGAACUUGAUCAAGAAGUUCAAGUGCUCACCAGAUGGUUUUGCUCAAAUGGUCAUUCAAUUGGCUUACUACAGAAUGUUCGGUGUUAGCCGUCCUACCUACGAAUCGGCCCAGACUCGCAAGUUCCAGCGCGGACGUACUGAGACUAGCCGUACCGUUAGCACUGAGUCCAUCAACUUUGUGAAGUCCAUGGAAGACACCAAUGCCUCUGUUGAGCAGAAGAUUGCUGCUUUCCGUGCUGCCCUCAAGACCCAGGGUGCUUACAUGGCUGACUGCGUCAACGCCCACGGUGUCGACCGUCACUUGUUCGGUUUGAAGAACAGCCUUCAAGCCAAUGAGCCCAAGCCUACCCUUUUCACAGACCCUGCUUACGCUUACUCCCAGCACUGGUUCUUGUCUACCUCCCAGCUUUCUUCAGAAACUUUCGCUGCCUAUGGUUGGGGUCAGGUUGUCAACGACGGUUACGGAUGUGCUUACAUGAUCAAGAACGACUCUUUGCAAUUCAACGUUGCCAGUGUCAAGGAUCUUGAGGUUGCUGGAAAGAAGUAUAUCAACGGUACCCACCAGUUCAAGCAGCACCUUGAGGAUGCUGCUGACGAUCUCCGUGAUCUCCUCCUUACUGAGGUUCCCGCUCAGCCCAAGCUCUAG